AUGGCUCCUCGAUUUUGGACUGCGCUUUGGGCCCUUGCGCUGGGUCAUGCUGCAUUCGCUGCGCCGCAGAUCCCCUUGGCGCCGCGCGCAACAGGCAGUCUGGAUACUUGGCUCGCAUCAGAGACUACAGUCGCUAGACAGGGAAUCCUGAACAACAUCGGCUCGGCGGGCGCGUAUGCCGCGAGCGCAAAGCCGGGAAUCCUGAUCGCAAGUCCGAGUACUUCGAGCCCCGACUAUUAUUACACUUGGACUCGGGACUCUGCUCUGGUGUUCAAAGCCUUGGUGGACCUGUUCAGGAAUGGCGACACGGAGCUCCUCACGGUGAUCGAAGAAUACAUUAGCUCGCAGGCAUACAUCCAAACCGUGUCGAACCCCUCUGGGAGUCUUUCCGGUGGGGGAGGAUUGGGAGAGCCCAAGUUCAACGUUGAUGAGACGGCCUUCACUGGCUCCUGGGGUCGCCCCCAACGCGAUGGUCCCGCACUCCGUGCUACUGCGCUGAUCUCAUUCGGACAGUGGCUAAUUGACAACGGAUAUACGACCUAUGCGACUAACAUUUUGUGGCCGGUUGUGCGCAACGACCUCUCCUACGUGGCGCAAUACUGGAACCAGACUGGGUUCGAUCUUUGGGAGGAAGUCUCCGGAUCUUCUUUCUUCACCAUUGCCGCCCAGCACCGCGCCCUCGUGGAGGGUAGUACUUUCGCAAGCCAAGUUGGUGCAUCCUGCUCGUACUGUGAUUCUCAAGCACCUCAGGUCCUGUGCUUCCUCCAGUCGUUCUGGACGGGAUCGUAUACCCUAGCCAACUUCGGUGGUGGUCGCUCUGGCAAGGAUGCCAACACCCUCCUCGGCAGCAUUCAUACCUUCGACCCCGAGGCUGGCUGUGACGAUACAACAUUCCAGCCUUGCUCAGCUCGCUCCCUGGCAAACCACAAGGUGGUGACCGAUUCUUUCCGCUCGGCGUACUCCAUCAACUCGGGGAUUGCGGCCGGAAAGGCCGUCGCCGUCGGCAGGUACUCGGAGGAUUCAUAUUACAACGGUAAUCCUUGGUAUUUGUGCACCCUGGCUGCAGCUGAGCAACUCUACGAUGCCAUCUACACAUGGAACCGCAUCGGUUCUCUGACCAUCACCUCCGUGUCGUUGAACUUCUUCAAGGACUUGUAUAGCUCUGCUGCUACUGGCACGUACUCAUCGUCCAGCACGACCUAUGCGUCGAUCGUCAGCGCCGUCAAAGCUUACGCUGAUGGCUAUGUUAGCAUCGUGGAAAACUAUGCCCUGAGCAACGGCUCUAUGUCGGAGCAGUUCUCGAAAUCAGACGGCUCUCAGCUCUCAGCCCGUGAUCUGACCUGGUCAUACGCAGCCUUACUCACUGCCAACGAGCGCCGGAAUGCGAUCGUCCCUGCGCCCUGGGGCGAGACAUCUGCCAGCAGUGUGCCUGCUCAGUGCAGCGCCACGUCCGCUAUCGGCACUUUCAGCAGUGCGACCAACACUGCGUGGCCAUCAACCCUGACUAGCGGAAGUGGUAGUGGGACCACCACUGGCACAGGAACGACCACGAAAGCGACCACCGCGACCACUACCAAGACCACAUCCACCACCACUUCAUGCGUCACGCCUACCGCUGUGGCAGUGACGUUUGACGUGAUCGCGACAACUGUCUAUGGGGAGAAUAUCAAGCUUGUGGGGUCCAUCUCCCAGCUUGGUUCGUGGGACACUGGCAGUGCUCUUGCGCUGAGUGCGUCGUCGUACACUUCUAGCAAUCAUUUGUGGUUCGUGACGGUGACGAUCCCUGCCGGAUCUACCUUCACCUACAAGUACAUUCGGGUUGCAAGUGAUGGCUCGAUCACAUGGGAGAGCGAUCCCAACCUUUCGUAUACUGUUCCGAAGACGUGCGGCACAUCUGCUGUCACCAUCAGCGAUACAUGGAGGUAG